UUGCUACGCACAGAGGUCCUCGGGCUCAAGGCGUGGCUAGCACAAAUUAGGGUACUAGGCACCAACCCUGACUGCACGUGCGGACACCCUAGGCAGACUCUUAGCCACGCGAGGCUCAAGCUGAUGGAAAGGGCAGGCACAACAGAUCUCCCACGAAUUCUAAUAAACCAGGAGAAGGUUGUAGCAGCAGGCAGGUGGCUGUUGGACACAGGACUGCUAGAGCAGUUUUAA